CCUGACCUCGUGAUCUGCCCAUCUUGGCUUCCCAAAGUGCUGGGAUUACAGGCUUGAGCCACCAAGCCCGGCCAAGAGUGCAGUGGUUCUUAAACCUGCUUCACCUGCAGAAUUUAUACAAGUGCCAUUGCCCAGGCCCCACCACAGAUCAGUUAAAUCAGAUUUUUGGAAGGUAUCAUACACGGGUGUUUCUAAAGCUCCUCCGCGCCCAUUCUCUCCUCUGGGAAUUCAUGUGUAGCCAAGAAUGAAAAGGUCUUAGUACAAGCCGCUAGUUUUACAGAAGCUAGGGAUAGCAAUGGGCUGAAGGUAACAGUCCCAUGAGCUGGUUGAGGCCCCAGGUUCUCUGGCAGAGAGAGCUCUCUCGGUUGGGGAGGCUUGCCCCACCCUUUAUUAUUAUGCCUAACACAUAAGAAAUGUGCAGGAAUUUUUUUUUUCGGGGGUUGGGGAGGAAUCAAACGCAAACUCUUGAACCAACUAGAGCGCCGCGGGGCAGAAGUGUCCGGCGGGGAUCUGGACAGCGCAUCGGGAAGCGCCAUGGCCCAACGCUCGCAGGAACCUGAACUCCUGGGCCAGCGCCGCCUUUUCUCGCAGAGGCCUCUAGCAUCCGCACAGUCGAAGCCCUCUGAGCCUCAGGGCAGAUUGAGGACCCUAACAGACCAGACAUUUGGACGCGACCGCGCCAGAAAUUCCAGGGAAUUCAGUCUUGGCUCCGAUUCCAAAACAAACGUUUCCUCACCAGCCGGAUCUCCGUCAUUGGCGUUGGUCUCUGGUCACCUGACUUAUUCAAGCCAGUGAGAGGGGGCCGAAUUAGUACUUCCGCUUUCCGUGAGGUUUAACGAGCCACUAUGCCCGUCCCUCGGAUACUCUGAUUGGCCAGCCUCUCUCAGCUCGUCAGUUUAUUGGGCGGCACCGCUAGGCCACUAUCGAGCCGGGUCCGAGGGCGGUGUCAGGAGGCUGGGCAGCCAUGGCGUCCUAUUUCGAUGAACACGACUGCGAGCCGUCUGACCCCGAGCAGGAGACGCGAACCAACAUGCUGCUGGAGCUCGCAAGGUCACUUUUCAAUAGGAUGGACUUUGAAGACUUGGGGUUGGUAGUAGAUUGGGACCACCACCUGCCUCCACCAGCUGCCAAGAAUGUGGUUGAGAACCUCCCCAGGACAGUCAUCAGAGGCUCUCAGGCUGCUUUCACCCUGCCCUGGGCCCAGUACUCAAGCUUCUUUCUGUUCAUGGACUGCUGGGGGAUCGAAGAAGAGUGGCAGUUGGGAGCAGGGGAGGGUGGUUAUCAGCUUAUGAAGAUCAGACCAAGGCUAGAACACUACUCUACUUUUCUCAGACAAAUUCCUGUCCCUUGUGCCGCCAUGAGCUGCCCACUGAUGAUGACACUUAUGAGGAGCACAGACGAGAUAAGGCUCGAAAACAGCAGCAGCAACACCGACUGGAGAACCUCCAUGGAGCCAUGUACACGUGAGGAGGCUGGGGCUAAGUGGUGGCCCUCUGCGUCUUCCUUACUAACCUUGAAUCCUCAUUAAAGGUUUCUUUACCCACCCUGAGGCUGUAUUGAUCACAGACCUGGCCAGGGGCUCUGCAUCCUCCAUCAGGUCUCUACUCCUGUUGGGGAAGAUGAUCCUAAACCACAGAAAGCACCAGGCUGCGGUUUUCCUCCCUGCUGGCCCAUCUGGACUCAUGGCAGUGGUAAAGAACUGGAUUACUGCAUCAGCCAGGGCUUGGGCCUAUGUGUUCAUGGUUGGAAGGCAAAAUGUGUCAGGGUCUGGUACCCAGUUAAUUACUUAAAGCUGAUAAACUAGGCCCAGUGCAGUGGCUCACGCAUAUAAUCUCAGCAGUUUGGGAGGCCAAGGCAGGUGGAUGACAAGGUCAGGAGUUCGAGACCAUCCUGGCUAACAUGGUGAAACCCUGUUUCUACUAAAAAUACAAAAAUUAGCUGGGCGUGGUGGCACACACCUGUAAUCCCAGCUACCUGGGAGGCUGAGGCAGGAUAAUUGCUUGAACCUGGGAGGCAGAGGUUGCAGUGCGCUGAGAUCAUGCCAUUGCACUCCAGCCUGAGCAAUAAGAGCAAAACUGUCUCAAAAAAAAAAAAAAAAAAAAAAAGCUGAUAAACUAGCCUGCACCCUCCUCCCACUGCAAUGUCUAGUUAACUUUGUAAUCCCAGAGGUUUUCUCUCCCUUGAGAAAGCCACGUUUAAUAUUUUAAAGUUGCUCUCUGUACCACCCCCACCUUCCCCCCAUGCCUCCUAAGGAAUCAAAGUUCAAAGCAGAUUCUGAGUGGGGGAUGGGUGAGAUUAUCAGACCAAGGCGGUUCUUUAGAUUGCUUAGAGGCCCAGAAGGGUUUCAAGCCCUUUGAAGGGGUAUUUGGAUGGCACCUGGCAUCCUUUGUUUCUGGCAACAGAGUGCACUCAGCACUCUCCUGGGGGGCAAGGGCUUGCCAUCCUUGGCUUAUGGAAAGCUAUCCCGGAUCAGGCCCUCCGACUCUCCAGAACAGACUACAAACAUGCAAAUUAGAAUCCUUUUAAUAUAAAAAAAAAAAGUACUAAAAUA